AAAUGAAAUUUCCAUUAACAGGUUCCCUUUCUGUUCAUUAGAAAAAAUACUCAUUGAUUAAAUACCUAGAUUUUCACAGUUGCCCUUUCACCGCAAUGAUAGAGCCAGUUUAAUACGACUGAAUUCCUUGUCGGUUGCGUAAGCAGUCGAUAAUCUAAUCGUACACGUGCUAGCCCUUCACGUGUCUCUACUAUCUCCCACCUUUUAAACCUCACUGCGUCUGUUAGUACAAAAGCCUCCAAAAAGCUGAAAGCACAGAGCAGUAGCAAUAAACGCCCUACUUUACCCGCUGUUCACCAUCGCCGGAAAAUUCUCUCAAAUGCUUUCCAUCUCUAGUCAGUCCUCAUCCGAACCCCACAGCAGAAAACCCAAAAUCCCACCGGGCGACGUCCUUCCUCGCAAGAGCUCGUUUAACUCGCUUAAUUCUCUCCUUGCGCAUUCCUAUUUUACUCAAUCCCGCGUAUGGCUCCUCCUCUCCAUCCUCUCCUUCCAGAUCAUUCUCCUCAUUGGUCUCCGCUCAAUUCUUCUCUCUUUUAACGACCGCCGCCACCAUUUUCCCUCUCCGUACACUGCUCACCACCGUGUCAGCAUUCCCACUAACACCAUUAUCGAUAUCAGCCACCCUAGAAUAACAACUGAUCAUGAUGAUGAAUGUAGAUCAGGAAGGAUCUUUGUCUACGAUCUUCCCAGCAGGUUCAACACUGAAUUGAUUAGAAAUUGCGAUGAGUUAAACCCAUGGAGUACCCGGUGUGAUGCGUUGGCGAAUGACGGUUUUGGCCAGAAAGCCACAGAGAUUUUUGCGCUUGUUCCGAAAAAUCUCGCUCCCGCCUGGUACUGGACCGACCAAUUCGUCUCGGAGAUUAUCUUCCACAAUCGGAUUUUGAAGCACAAGUGCAGGACUACCGAACCAAACAAUGCGACAGCGUUUUACAUUCCGUUUUAUGCAGGACUUGCCGUAGGUAAGUUCUUGUGGUAUAAUUACACUGCCAAAGACCGUGAUCGGCACUGCGAGAUGUUGCUGACGUGGCUCCGAGAUCAGCCAUACUACAAGAAAUCAAACGGCUGGGAUCACUUCAUCACCAUGGGGCGUAUCUCGUGGGAUUUUCGACGGUCGAAAGAUGAGGACUGGGGUUCGAGCUGCAUUUACAUGCCAGGUAUGAGAAACAUUACCCGCUUAUUGAUUGAGCGAAAUCCGUGGGACUAUUUCGACGUUGGUGUGCCCUACCCCACCGGAUUCCACCCCAGAUCGGACGCUGAUAUCCUGCAGUGGCAGGAGUUCGUCCGUAUGCAAAACCGUACGAAGCUCUUCUGCUUCGCCGGCGCUAAACGUGGCGCUAUGAAGAACGAUUUUAGAGGUCUGUUGCUAAGCCAUUGCGAGAAUGAGUCUGACACGUGCCGAGUCGUGGAUUGCUCUGGGAGUCAAUGCUCCAACGGCACCUCUGUGAUUCUCGAAACGUUUUUGGAUUCGAAUUUUUGUCUGCAGCCGAGAGGCGAUAGUUUCACCCGCAAGUCCAUAUUCGAUUGCAUGAUAGCGGGUUCAAUUCCGGUUUUGUUCUGGAAACGAACCGCUUAUUACCAAUACGAGUGGUUCUUACCGGGCGAACCGGAGAGUUAUUCAGUUUUUAUACACCGGAAUGAUGUAAAAAAUGGGACUUCCAUUCGGAAAGUUCUUGAGAAUUACAGCAAAGAAGAGGUAAGGAAAAUGAGAGAAAAAGUGAUUGAUUAUAUCCCCAGAUUUGUGUAUGCAAGAGGCUACGAAGGCUUAGAGAGUAUAAAAGAUGCCUUUGAUAUUGCCAUAGAUGGGGUAUUGAAGAGAUUCAAGGAGCAAGAGGAUUGGGGUUACAAAUGGUAAUAGGUUAGUAAAUAAUGAGGGUAAACUGAGGAAUUGACUAGGUUUUUUUUGAGGCAGACAACGGGAGUUUGGUAUGUGUCUUCAUUUCUCACCAAUGUUGUAUAUUGUAUACUGCACAUGUAUUCAUGAUUUGGUUGAGGACCAGACUUCAGAGUUGCAGGUUGUUGGCUUGGGUAAUUUUAUUACUCGCCAUCAAGUAUAUCAGGCAGUACCAGUACGACCCACCAAUUGGCAGUUGGUGUUUGGACGGCAACUGCAGUGGAGGCUGUAGUAUAAUGUGGACCCUGCCAUUGCCAUGAUCAGCACCAGCGACUUCGGACAUAAAUUGGGAAGUGGUAAUGUACGAAAAAUAAAUUUGCAAUUUGCCAAUGAAAUUAUCAUUUUUUAAUUUUUUUUAUUUAAUGGUUUUAGUGGGAUAAUAUUUGUUGAAAUUGAAAUGGAGAAGCCUAAAGAAGGGUGGACAGUGGCUGCAUAAUCAUAAUGUUCCAUUUGAUGGCAUGUUGUAGAAAAUUUGAAUGCGUGUUUUGUUUCACCAAGGGAAAUAAUAAAGAGUGAUUCUAACAUUUUCAAAGCUACA